AUGGGGAAAGAGGUAAACGGUGUGUCGCGGAGUCGAUUUGAGAUGUUCACAAACAGCGAUGAGGCUGUCAUCAAUAAGAAGCUGCCCAAAGAGCUGCUGCUACGAAUCUUCUCUUUUCUGGACGUGGUGACGCUCUGCCGCUGUGCUCAGGUCUCCAGGUCCUGGAACGUACUCGCGUUAGAUGGCAGCAACUGGCAGCGAAUCGACCUCUUUGAUUUCCAGAGAGACAUUGAGGGCCGUGUGGUGGAGAACAUCUCAAAGCGAUGUGGGGGGUUCCUGAGGAAGCUGAGUCUGCGGGGGUGUCUGGGCGUGGGGGACAGCGCCUUAAGAACAUUUUCCCAAAACUGCAGAAACAUCGAGCUGCUCAGUUUGAAUGGCUGCACCAAGAUCACUGACAGCACAUGUAACAGUUUGAGUAAGUUCUGCCCCAAACUGAAGCAUCUGGACCUCGCCUCAUGUACCUCAAUCACCAAUCUCUCACUCAAAGCUCUCAGUGAGGGCUGUCCAAACCUGGAGCAGCUGAACAUCUCGUGGUGUGACCAGGUGACAAAGGACGGCAUCCAGGCGCUGGUCCGCUCAUGUCCGGGGCUGAAAGGACUCUUCCUUAAAGGCUGCACACAGCUUGAGGACGAGGCUUUAAAACACAUUGGAGCCCACUGCCCAGAGCUGGUCACAAUCAACUUACAGACAUGCUCACAGAUCACAGACGAAGGCCUCAUCACCAUUUGUCGCGGCUGCCACCGGCUGCAGUCUCUCUGCGUGUCGGGCUGUGCCAACAUCACAGACGCCAUCCUGCACGCCCUGGGACAGAACUGCCCCCGCCUCAGAAUAUUGGAAGUGGCUCGCUGCUCUCAGCUUACAGACGUCGGCUUCACUACAUUAGCGCGGAAUUGUCAUGAAUUGGAGAAGAUGGAUUUAGAAGAAUGUGUUCAGAUCACAGACGGGACCCUCAUCCAGCUGUCGAUCCACUGCCCACGUUUGCAAGUCCUGAGUUUGUCUCACUGUGAGCUCAUAACAGACGACGGAAUCAGACAUUUGGGGAGCGGCCCCUGUGCUCACGACCGUCUGGAGGUGAUCGAGCUGGACAACUGCCCCCUCAUCACAGACGCGUCACUGGAACACCUCAAGACCUGCCACAGCCUGGACCGCAUCGAGUUGUACGACUGCCAACAGAUCACCCGCGCAGGCAUCAAGAGGCUACGGACUUACCUGCCCAACAUCAAAGUGCACGCGUACUUCGCCCCGGUCACCCCCCCUCCGUCUGUGGGGGGCAGUCGUCAGAGAUUCUGCCGCUGCUGCGUCCUCCUAUGA